GUCUCGUCCAGCCCGCAGCUGCCCCAGAGCAAUGGCCUCUGCUGCACAUAUCGCUCGGAGAUAUGUCUGACUCGACGAACCCGCCCCCGCCUUAUCGGGCGUCUCCUCGUAUCAUCAUGCGUCCCCCUCCUUCGCGUCAGCCACCCGUGCAGCACGCACGUUCGCUGCCUCGCUUCUGCGCUCGGACUCUAGCCGCGGUUGGUCAUGGUGACCGUGGACACAAGUCAUCUGCUCGACGAGUAACGUUUUCGUCGCACGACGCUUCUCCAACCACCGUGGAAACCCGUUUCUCCCAGCGAAUGGGGUCGAGCACGCGGACGAUCGUCUUCGUCUUCCGCCCUGUGCUCAAGCCCGGCAUUCGCCACGCCACUGCCUUACCUCUGCGGACUUGAUUGCGGCCUCUCGUCCGGGCUUGACCAUAUUGCUCUGGUCCAAAACCGAGCUUGACUGCUUGCAGCACUCGACGACGAUACGUGUUCGUGGGAGGACCGAUAAGGAGACCGUACGUGGCGCCGCUGUUGUCCGGAGUCCCGCCGGUAGGUACGUAAAGAUUUGGUAUUUGGCUUGCCCCCUCCAAUCACAAGGAACGUCAAAACCUCCGGCCGCCUCGGCUUGCCUGUUCCUUUCGCGGCGUUCGCUUGCGUGUUUGGUUGGAUACAUUGUGGACAUGGAAUGUCUGGUAGUCAAACCCAUACUCUGCAUAGCCCGGAGAUAAUGGUCAUUUCAUGUCACAUGUCACCAUGUGUAGGAUUUCUUCAUGCUAGACUGCAGGUCAAGUCCAUUGUACCUAUGCU